AUGGCAGCGCAGGAAGGCGGCAACGAGGGCAGCAACAAAGAUGAUGAGGGCGACAAGGAUGGCUUAGAAGGAGAGGAAGAGGAAGAGGAAGAAGAGGAAGAGAAUAACAACAACAACUUCUCUAAUACUAACAUCCGCAAGGCAAUGCAGCAAGUACUUGGUCAGCAGGACGUUGGGUUUCGAUCCGCAGAGCAGGAGCUGGCGCUGCACGCAGUAAUCGAUGGGCAGACGCCGCUUGUCGUCGUGCUGCUGACUGGUGGAGGCAAGAGCUUGCUGUUUAGCGUGCCGGCUUGCAUGGACGACGCUGGGGUGAUGGUGGUCGUGGUGCCGUACUGA